CCGUGGACGGACGUUGAUUGACGCGGGACAUGCAAACAGAUACCAUAUCUCUGACCAGGAAAGACCUGUUAUAAAAUGAUGGCUGGCCUCCAUGGCUCCAUAUCCAUAUGUACAUGCAUCUGCUCCUGUUAUGUGUUAAUCUUCUCUUCUAUAUAGAGCCAGGCAGCCAGCAGCUUCGAGAUCAGUGGCAGCAGUUCAGCACCGUAGCUUAGCUGCUUGUUGAGUGCUAGCUAGAGCUUUCGGUGUUCUAUCUAUCUAUCGGUGGAUCGAUUUGGGGGUGAAGCCGUGUGAGCUUCGCGAAGUGAAGCUUGAAGAAUGGCAAUGGCGCAAGGCCUCGUACCAGCUGCAGCGGUGCUCCACAUCCACAUGGCGCUGCUCCUCGGACUCGCGGCCGUGGCCUCCAUCCCUGCAAGAGCGGCAUCGGUGGGCGUGUGCUACGGCAUGAGCGGCAACAACCUGCCGCCCGCGAGCACCGUGGUCGGCAUGCUCCGCGACAACGGCUUCACCUCGGUCCGCCUCUACGCCCCAGACGCCGCCGCGCUCGCCGCACUCGCCGGGACCGGCAUCGGCGUCGUCGUGGGCGCGCCCAACGACGUCGUCCCUUCCCUCUCCACGAACCCCUCCUUCGCCGCGUCCUGGGUCCGCGACAACAUCGCGGCCCACCCCUACGUCUCCUUCAAGUACCUCUCCGUCGGCAACGAGAUAUCCGGCGAGAACACCCAGCACCUCGUCCCGGCCAUGGAGAACGUGCUUGCCGCUCUCAAUGCCGCAGGGCUCGGCAUGGGCGUGCAAGUCACGACGGCCAUCUCGCAGGCCACGAUCGCCGUGCACACGCCGCCCUCGGCGGGGGCGUUCGCAGAGGAUUGCAAGCCGUUCCUGCUCCCCGUGCUGCAGUUCCUGGCGCGCACGGGCGCGCCGCUCCUGGCCAACCUCUACCCCUACUUCGCCUACACGUACCGCGCCGCCGGCGACAUCGACGUGAGCUUCGCGCUGUUCACGGCGGAGUACCAGGGCGGGCCGGUGGUGCAGGACGGGGAGUACGCCUACCACAACAUGUUCGACGCCACGGUGGACGCUGUGCACGCGGCCAUGGAGAAGCUGCUGGGUGGGGAAUCUGGGGGCGUUAACUUGGUGGUGUCGGAGACCGGGUGGCCGUCGGCGGGGGGCGAGGCGGCGUCGGUGGAGAACGCGAGGACGUACAACCAGAACCUGGUGGACCAUGUGAGGAAGGGAACCCCAAGGCGGCCGUGGAAGGUGGAGACCUACUUGUUCGCCAUGUUUAAUGAGAAUCUCAAGGAAGGUGGCGUGGAGCAGAACUGGGGCCUCUUCUACCCCAGCACCGAUCGGGUCUACCCCAUCGACUUCGGCGCUUGAAGUCCAUUCCAUUCAUGUACGAGGGCGCCAUGGUGGUGCGUAUUGUAAUACGGUAUACGGUGUGUGUGUGUGUAUAUUCGGUGAGCGUUUGUAAUACGGCCAUUUUUACAUUUAAUUUAUACGUCCAAUGUUAUUAAAUGAUUUCGGAA